AUGCAGGAAGCAUCGCAAAAACUAGGAUUUUACUUGGGUGAGGAAGACAUGGAGUUUUCCAGCUUCUCAAGCGGGACCGAACGUGCUGUCAAGACUUGGCAAGCCUCCUUAGACGCCCCUCAAGAUGGCAUAGUGACUGCAGAACUUCUUGAACAAUUAUAUACGGUGGCACAAAUUGAGGGUUUGGAUAACAAAGGGAGUACUCUGACUGCUACACAAAAGCAACCUGAUCAUGUUCGUAUAAGCUAUAGCGAACUACUACAUAGGCUGAAACAUCGUAAUUCUUCAAAUGGUUGUGUGGGUUAUGUUGUUUGGGAAGAUACAAAUGGAGCUGCAGUUACUUCUGGAACAGAAAUUUCAGAGGUCCAGCAAACACUUGUGAAAGAAGGCGUUACAAAAGUAAAGGUAUCUAAGCAUCAUGUUUUUCUCCUUGGAGAGAACCGCUGGAAAGAUUCGUCUAGACUUAGCAGGAACCAAAAAAAAGUAGGUGAAAGCAAGACAAUGAAUACCACAACAAGGUGUCUUACUUGUCGAGGGGAGGGUCGCUUGUUGUGCGCAGAAUGUGAUGGAACAGGCGAGCCAAACAUUGAAGAACAGCAGUUCUUGGAUUGGGUGGAAGAAGGAGCAAAAUGUCCAUAUUGUGAAGGUCAUGGGUUUACAAUUUGCGACGUAUGUGAAGGGGCAACAGUAGCUUAG